UUCGUCUCUUUAUUGUUAAGAGAAGAAGCAUCGCUAAUCAAGUACCCACUUCUCUUUCUUCGUCUCUGUUCUUGUCUCCGGCCUUUCUUUUGGUGUUUCAUCGUCUCUGUUUCCAAUUCUGAUCUCUACUUGCUUGCUUAUUUGAAAUUCAACAGAAAUGAAGAAAGUUGUGGUGAAGCUAGACUUACAUGAUGACAAAGCCAAGCAAAAGGCCAUGAAAGCAGUCUCUACCCUUUCAGGAAUUGAUUCCAUCUCCGUGGAUAUGGAGAAUCAGACAGUGACAGUGAUUGGAGAUGUGGAUCCUGUAGACGUCGUGGGCAAAUUACGAAAGCUUUCGCACACGGAUAUGGUCUCUGUUGGACCAUCGAAAGAGCCUGAGAAGAAGGAAGAACCCAAGAAACCAGAAGAGAAGGUCAUCGAAUUGGCUAAGGCAUAUGAGGCUUAUUAUAACCCCUAUAGGACACACUACUAUGCCCAGCCUAUUUAUAGUGCAGAAGAGAACCCCAACGCUUGUGUUAUCUGUUAAUUUGGGAGUGUUUAACGAGAAAAAAGCUGAUCGAAACUUCAUCCAUUAUUGCUUAAGAAAGCUAUGCUCAAGGACCUUGAAGCUCCUCUGUAGCUCCUCUGUACAAUUUUGUUCCUGGGAAUGGUGGGUUUGGGUUUUUUUUUUUUUUUUGGGUAUUUAGAGUGUUCUUUACUGUUCUCUCCUUUUAAGGGUUCGUGAUUCAUGAGAUAAUAAAUAGAGUUUGAAGUAUACUUAGUAUUGUCGAAGGACCUUGAAGCUCCUAUGUACAGUUUUGUUCCUGGGGAUGGUGGGUUGGUAGAUUGCUCUUCACUGUUUUAUUGGAAUAAAGAUUGCUCUUUCACUGUUA